UCUAGCAUUCUGACCGUCAAGUCGUUUCAGCCGCACUUCGCACUGGGUCUUGUUGCCACAGCAACCACUGAGGAGAAAUCUGUGCAGCUUCUGAUGCUGUAGCGCUACCGCAUUGAGGGGGUUGUAACAGUUCUGGUCGGGCAGAUGGGACCUCAAGAUUGACUGUGACUCACCACAGCAAGCGACACAACACGGUGAAAGGGAAAUGUUGCUCUGAUUAGCUACAGUAAUCUUCGGCAUUGAAGUCGGGGACUGAACAGACGGUUGUUUACUGUUCACAAGCAAGAACUGAGGGAAAGCAAGUCAAUGAUCUCUGUAUGCUUGCAGCUCAAUACAUGAUGGACAUAAAUUAUGUGUUAUCACUUAAGAACAUUCUUUUUAACUGGUGAAGAAAACGGACACAUUUCAAGAUGGUUUUACCCAGUAUUUUAAAGACUUUCUACCAAUUCGUACCUUAGCUGUGGAUGACUGAGGGAAUAGUUACAUCUGUGGAUUGUGUUACAACAUCAGAGCAACCUCCCCAAAAUGAAACCACAGUGUUCGAACACAGUUUGACCAUCACCCUUCUCCACUUCCAAAUUCUAAAAAAAGGACUUAGGACUUAAAAGCAAGAACAGUGGACACUUAGUUGGACAGCUGGGUGCAGCUGUGCUGAGACGGCCUGGGUCUGAACAUUCUGGCCCCACCUGCUCCUCUCUUUCAGCUCUUAAGAUGAGCCACAAGCCUGACUCAGAAACGGAGGCCACACAGCCGCCUGUGGUCUAUACGGUGGAGGAGCUGGAGUGCAAGAUCUGCUACAACCGCUAUGAUGCGCGUGCCCGCAAGCCCAAGGUGCUCAGCUGCCGGCACCGCGUCUGUGCCAAAUGCCUGAAGAAGAUGGUGGAGCUGGACGCCUCGCCCAGUGUCGUCAGCUGCCCGUUCUGCCGGCACGAGACACACGUGCCAGACGAAGAGAUCUGGCUCCUCCAGGAUGACAGCAACAUCCUGGCCAUCCUCGCGUACCAGGACCGGGCACGGAAGAGCGGUCCAGCACCCACCGGUGAGGUGCUUCUCACCCCCAGCGGCCUGAGCGGGGGCGGGGUGGCAGAGCAGGCCCACAGUUCCUCUGACUGCCUGGUCAUCACCAUCAUGGAGGUGCCAGGCGAGUCGCAGUCAUCGUCCGACUCCAUGAGCAUGCUGAACAUGGUGCGCCUGUACCGGCCAGCCAGCCUAGACUCACUGCCCUGUCACCUACCUGUGCAGAAGUGCCGGGCAUGGACGUCGCGCACGGUGCCCCGAUUCAUCAUGGGCUUCCUCUGCCUGGUGUACUUCAGCUCACUGCCUCUGGGAAUCUACCUACUGAUGAUCCAGCAGCUCACCCUGGGCGUGAUCUUGGUCAGCCUCGUGCCCUCCACCCUUGUCCUCUGUGUCUUCUAUGGCUUCUGCCAAUGCCUUUGCCAUGAGAUCAUGGAGGCUAUUGCCACAUAGCUUUUUCAGUAGCUUCCAUGCAUUUAGCAAAUUUCUAGACAUUAUGGACUUCACUUAGCAAGAUCUAUAAAAAAAACAAGCCAAAAUCACAGAUGCAUAUCUGUUAACUCUCAUCUGGCUGCUCACAUACUGUUGCACCGGAAUAUACCAGCAUUUAACAGUGAACUCCUUAUAAUCCUCUUCAGUUUGUGUGCAGGGCAGUAUAUACUUUAUUUGGGCAGUUAGGACUUGACAGCUGAUGCAGGAUGUCUGUAUUAUGUCUGCCUGAAGUGUGCUGGGAUUUUUUGCAUUCAUUAGUUCAGUCCAUGGGACUUCAACAUGACUGUGAUUCUUUUACUCCACUAAUAAGAGAAUAAUAUUCUAUAACAUCUAACAUAGGAACUAUGGGCUUUGUUCUAUAACUCAUAAGUAAAAAAGCUGUCCUCCCUACUUUUGUUUGAGUUGCUUUAUGAAUAGUUAAGUCUGUGAAUUGUGUUGGAGAUUUGUUGUACAACACAGUCUCCAUAUACCCAGUGAAGUUGCCUUUGUAAGGCAUGUCAAUUCCAAAUUUUAAAUUUAAUGUUGUGUAUAUA